AGUGUGGGAGGCAGCGCGGACACAUCAGUCCCAGCGCAGCGGCGAGAGGAGCUGGAUCUGUGCGCUCCAGCCCCGCGCUCCAGCCCCGCGCUCUGCUGCUCCCCGGCCCGGGACACCCACCCAGGGAGCAGCGCCCCCCUCCGCUCCAGGAUCACUCCCGGUUUGGAUGCUCGUGUUUCUUUCACCAUGGCGACGUCAGGGCCGGAGUGCGCCGCUCGCCCCCCGGUCUCCCCGCUCGCCUCUGCCCCGCUCCAGAGGCACAUCGUCUGCGUAAACCUGCCGCACACCCGCGGACUGGAGCGCGCGCUGGAGGAGGCGGCGCUCAGCGGGGUGCUCAACCUCAGUGCGCGUAAAAUGAAGGAGUUCCCCCGGACUGCGGCGAACCACGACCUGGCGGACACGGUGGAGGCAGACUUGUCUAAAAACAGACUGGUGGACGUUCCUGCAGACGUCUGUCACCUGGUGGCGCUGGAGAGUCUGAAUCUGUAUCACAACUGCAUCAGGACUGUGCCCGACUCAAUGAUCAGCCUCCAGAGUCUGACCAACCUCAACCUCAGUCGUAACCAGCUGACCUCGUUGCCGUCGUCUCUCUGCGCUCUUCCUCUCCGUGUGCUCAACGCCAGUAACAACAAACUGGUGACUCUCCCUGAGGCUGUGGGGCAGCUGCAGCGGCUCAUGGAGCUGGACGUGAGCUGUAACGAGAUCACGGCUCUGCCUCGUCACAUCAGCCGCCUCAAGUCGCUGAGAGAACUCAACGUGAGGAGGAACCUUCUGUGCGUGCUGCCCGACGAUCUGUGUGAGUUGCCGUUGGUGACGUUGGAUUUUUCAUGCAAUAAAGUGUCAACCAUCCCAGUGUCGUACAGGAAAAUGAGACGACUCCAGACUCUGACCCUGGAGAAUAACCCACUGCAAAGCCCCCCUGCCCAGAUCUGUCUUAAAGGGAAAGUGCACAUCUUUAAGUACCUGAGUCUGGAGGCGUGUCACAGUGACAAAAUGGCCGACUCGCUCUACCUGCCCAACAUGUCGCGCCCGAACACGGGGAGUGUGGAGGACAUGGAGACUCACAGGAAGCUGGACUCAGACUCUGGAGUCGGCAGCGACAACGGAGACAAGAGGCUGUCUGCCACAGAGCCGUCGGACGAGGAGAGCGUGAGUCUAAACGUCCCCAUGAGUCACAUCAGAGAGGAGGCGCUCCCCAAAGACGACUCCAGCGACCAACUCAGCUCCAUGACGGAUCCGGACUCGGUGCGUCUGAUCGAGGAGAGUCCUACGGAAGCCCUGAGUGACCAGUUCUACAGAGAGCCGAGUCUCAGCGCACGAUUCCUCAACUACAUCAAGGGCCGAACGGCGGCGGACUUCGACGAGCCUCUGAGGAUAGAGGAGGACGCGAACUGGACAGCGGAGCAAACGCCCAAAAUCCCUGUGAACCCAGAGCUUCACAUCGACAUCAUCCACCAACUGAAGGAGGCGGUGCAGCUGCUGCAGGAUCCAAUCAGAGCCAGCACAGACCUGUCGGGCGUCCGGCUGUACCCGGUGGACAUGGUCACCGUCGACGAGGCUCCAAAUGGACCGGAGAGCGACAGCAGCUCCACGCCAAAGAGAAAUGACAGAUCUCCGGUCAGCGGGCCUCCGUCUCUCUCCAACGCACCUUUCGGACUCAAACCUCGCUCAGCCCCGCCUUCCAUGCCUUGCUCUCCGCCCCCUCGCUGUCCUGGCUCCUCCCACCUCUCACAGGACGCGCCCCUUUACAGAGACGCCGUGGACGUUCGCAGCGUGUUCGUGCGCAGUCACCGGAGCCUGGAGUGUGUGGACCCUCAGUUCACGAUGAGGAGGAGGAUGGAGCAGCUGAGGGAGGAGCUGGAGCUGAUGGAGCAGCUCAGAGACAGCAUCGAGUCUCGUCUGAAGGUCGUCCUGCCCGAAGACCUGGGCUCCUCCCUCAUGGACGGGGUCGUCUUGUGCCACUUGGCGAAUCACAUCCGGCCCAGAUCCGUGGCCAGUAUCCACGUGCCCUCGCCCGCCGUGCCCAAACUGAGCAUGGCCAAGUGUCGGCGAAACGUGGAGAACUUCCUGGAUGCGUGCAGACGGAUCGGGGUCCCAGAGGACAAACUGUGUCUUCCUCAUCACAUCCUGGAGGAGAAGGGUCUGGUUAAACUCUGCGUCACGGUGCAGGCGCUCGUCGACCAAACUGCGCUCGGGACGUGAACAAAACCAGGACAAAAAGCACCAAACACAGACUGAAAAAUCCAGCGGAGAAAAGGAGAAGAACGUGCCGCGGGCUGAGGUCGGCCAUCUUGUCUUCGUGGCAGAGACACUGGACUUUAAAACGCUCGGUGUGAAGUUUUCAGGUCAAAGUAUCAACAGCACUAAGAUUUAUCCAGACGCAGGGACGACGUGAUUCUGGUGUGAUUUUUAAUGUCAGAUUGGUUUGAAAAAUUAAGAUAAAAAGUAGAAUAUUGUGGAAACGUCGUUAAAGGAGCUGUGUGUGAGAUUUAGAGUUAAAAUGUUAUAAAUGUGACUCGUGUUCAAAUCAAACACAACUUUUACUCAGAACAGUUAAAACGCUGAUUUAUUCUUAAUCAUGAAAACUCUGGACACGACGGACAAGUUAUUUUUGUUAUAAUUUGGUGUUUUGGUUCAAUUAUCCAAUCAGAGAGCAGAGGGAGCGUCACAUGACUCUCUCUGAUCUGAUUGGUCCUAAACUCCAGCCCCUUCGCUUUCUUUUACUGUAACUCCGUUUUGUGCUUCGUGUAAACUGAAGCGGCGUCUCAAAGCGGAGACGCGGGGCUCUGUCGUUACAGUAAUGUGCUUGUGUCGCCCUCGAUGACGACCAAUCAGAGCGCAGGAGCCGCCGGGAGUCUCCCAGUCAGUUAUUUGACGCAGGAAAAAUAAGGAAAAAUAGAGGAGGACGUGUGAAAAAAGACAAAAGCACAGGCUGAUACUUCAUUUAACGUGAUUUUUACGGCUAAAAGAAUAAAAGUCCAGGUGAGAUCCACGGGUCUGUCGUGUGCUCAGGCCUCACAGAACCUCAGGCCUCUGCUCCGAGACGCCGUUUGGAUUUACAAGAAGCACAAGAGUUUAAGUCGUAACAGUAAAGACGGAGUGAAAGCUCUGGACCUCGGGCUCUGUACAGACGUGACUCCAGAUGAAGCUCAUGGAGGAGCAGGUACAGCGGCCGACUUAGGCACGACUUCCAUAUUUAGAAAUCCAACUUCAAGUAUCAUAGCAACCGAAGAGCCAAUCAGACGCGAGGAUGUUGACAGUAACGCCCCUUUGUCUGUUAUUAAUCA